UGCAAGGGGAAGACCGCUGAGAGGCCCCUACGGAGGCGGUGGGGGCCCCCCUGUAACUGCUUGCAGGGUGCCUAUUCCCGCCUGGCAGUCCGACCGUUUUCAACUGAACGACCGGAGGAGGGCUCCUAGGAGACUAUGCAAGUCGAAAGGGUUACGUAUGCCCAGCAGUUGCAUAUCGUCUUUCAUUUUGGACCGACUAUGCCUUCAACUUGCUUGCCUAGAUUGUGCUCCUUCGCUUCGCCGGGUUAAUUAGACAAAAGAGGGCUAAACUCAUCCCCCCCUCCUUUGUCUGUGUUUGGCCUGGCAGAAACCCUCAACCCGACAUCUUGGUCUUUGGCCCUCCCCAUGCUCUCAACCUGAAACGAGCCAUCCCACUCAACGACUCCGGAUUCCCACCCCUUCUCUGCCCAUUCCACAACGCAGCAGCCCUGCGCCGUCGUCGCGCAGCCAAUGAGGCGGCUUCGCGCGGCGCAUCCCCGCUGCGCUCGGCACUCGACGGCAAGGCGCGCCAAGGCCUCGCAGCGACUCAAGCCAGAAACCCUGGACGCACACAGCUGGGCUCCGCGUGUCGGGCUCGCGAACCGAUCUCUUACACCACCCUGCUCGCCGCGAUGCCGCUUCCCGUAUGGCGGGCGACGCUGUGUGGCUGUGAGGUUUGUGUCACGUCUUGGCAUGGCCGGUUGUGCUGCUGCCAAGGUGACAUGGCCCGGAACGCGGCCGAGACGGGGGGCGUGGGACUGUGAGACUUGGGACGGAGGACUGACACUCGGUGGCUGGAGAUGCCGAGUCGUGCGGUGUCAUCGAGUGUCACUGAGUGUCACCCGCGGCUUCAGCGGUCGAGAGUCUGUGUCAAGGAGAAACGAGAAACCGGACGAAGAUGAUGUCAAACUCGUCUGUGGCUAGGCGCCGUUGUAAGAAGUUGCAGCGCAGCCAACCACAACGUGAAGCCAGAGCUUGUUCAAUCCCACCCCCUGGCGCUUCCCG